AUGGCAAGAAGCACCAGCGACAGUGGGCGGAGUGAAUUCACCAAAGCUGCAUCGAACAUUCUAGAUGAGCUUGGAGUGGCAGCCUACGGAGAUGCACAGUUCGUCAAAGCGCACAUUCUGCCAGCCAGUCGCAAACAUCAGCAGGAGUGGCGUCAGUUCAUCCUGGAGGAGUACCGCGACACCACGUGGCUCAGUGAAUGCUUGGAUGUGGAUGGCGCCGAACCGUCCAAUGAUGAUGCAAAGCUGGAGUUGGCUGCGAGGCGCGGCAUGAAUGGGUUGCCGAUGAGCAAGGAAUGCGAGGUUGCCUUUGACCAAGAUAUAGGGGAUCGCGCGAGAGUCUUGGCGCUGCUCCCUUUGUCGCCUGUGGGCGAAGCAACGUGGCGAGACUUGGAUGAUGGCAGAGUCCAGCGGACAGUGGAUGCUGUCGUGGUGGCUCGCAACCAAUCGGGAGCUGCUGUGCUGCAAUUCUUGCUUCCACGGCCGUUCCCCGAAGCUGAGGUGCAUUAUGUUGGUCAUGUGCGCAUAGAUCGUUACAGGUUCGGUCUGUUCACUGUGUCGAGCAUCGUAGGCACAGAGGAUGCGCUGCGUUCAUUCAUGGCUGCUUCAGAUGACAACCCAGAUGGCGGAGCACCAACGUCAUGGUGGGAGAUGCUCCUUCCAAUCGCCAUGUUGACGAACGCUUUCACUUACAUGUUCAGCCAGUCGGACAAUGAAGAAGCACGGUGGCUCACGGAUAUGUUUUUGGGAGUGCGAGGCAUUGAGGCCGAUUUGAAGAAGCGGGAGUUCAAGGAACGUGUUGAUGUUCUGAACCUCGGAGGCGCCAUGCUCUUGCCAGAGCUGGGAUCAUCGGAGAAGAGGUUGAUCCACGUUAGUUUCACUGCGAGCACGGGUCAGGACAGGAAGCAACACCUGUGUGGCCACCCUCUCUUCUUGAGGCUGAAGGCCUUAAGGGUUUUAGGUCACCCCCAAGUACAGCAAUUUAAGAAUGCAAGGACAGAAGAUCCCAGCGACUGGGAGGAUGCUAGCGAUUAUCAGGCUCUUGUUACAGACACUGACACUGAAGGUCUAUAG